AUGCAGUCCCAACAAGCCCAAAUUGAAAUCGUGGAAGGGAAAACCGAGCAUUCUUCAAGCAUCCUAACGCCUGAAGCACUUCUGACCAUCAAAAGGAUUGCAUGCGAGAUAACAUGCAAGUUCUCUGGUGGUGAUGUGAAUGAGACAACGUUGGCAUUGUUUAACUCACUCUCAAACUAUUCAUGGGAUGCAAAACUGGUUUUAACACUAUGUGCCUUCGCGGUUAACUAUGGGGAGGUCUGUCUCAUUGUACAGCAGGCUAGCGUCAAUGCUCUCGCAAAAUCCGUGGCCCUACUCAAGCAGUUGCCUGACAUCCAAGAGGACAUGGACACUCUGAAACCUCGUUUCACCGAACUCAACAACCUCACAAAGAAAAUUCUAGAUGUGACCAAGGAUAUCCUCGAAUUAAAGGAGCUUCGCACAAAAUAUAAUACAAUGGCAACUACUGCAAUGACCAUGGACAUGACCGAUAUCCCCAAAGCAGUUUACUUGACCAUCCAAGUCAUUAUGAAUUGUGCCUCACUGAUCGCUGACUUCAUACACUCGGGUCACGAGCACAGCAGCCCGAUGACAGGGGUUAAGGAUCUUGGCGACGAGUUUAAGAAAAUACAUGAGCUGAUGAUGCGCAGCGAAUUUCUGAGCCACCUCCCCUUAUUGGGCCAUGUCACAGCUCAUGACUUCUGUACAAGUGUCCUUGAACUUGGUCUGGCAUUUGAAGUAGCACUUGAACUUGAUCUAGAACUUGAACAUGUACUUAAACUUGGUCUUAAACUUGAAGUCGAUGUAGCACUUGAAGUUGAUGUUGGAUGUGAAGUUGAUGUAGAUAGAACAGUCUUCAUGGCCUAUAACACAUCUUCGUAUGAAGGUAAGAAAAAAAACAUGGAAGGUAUUCAGGUAAUCAUACGCCUCUUGGAAAUGAAACACAGCGACAACGUGAAAAUUCUCAAGGAAUUGAUUCACUCCGAAUAUGUGUAUCUUCACUAUGGCGGCAGCGAGAAAAGGGUUAACAUGGAAGAACAACUGAAAAAGAAGACGGUGAUACUAUUCAUUUCGGAUCUCGACAUCUCCCAUGUGGAGUGUGAGGUUCUGACUGAAAUCUGUAAAUGUCCGUCGGAUAGGCAAUACGAAAUGGUUUGGCUACCAGUCAUAGAUGGGUUGGCCGAGUUGCCUAUUGAGAAAGAAAAGCAGUUCAAAGAUUUGGUAUCAUCAAUGCCGUGGUACUCGGUGCAUCACCCAUCCGCGCUAAAUCCUGCAGUCAUAAGGUUCAUCAAAGAAGUGUGGAAUUUCGAGAAGAAACCGCUGUUGGUAACUUUAGAUGGCCGAGGGAAUGUGGUGUGUUGCAAUGCACUUCACAUGAUGUGGAUAUGGGGCAACCUGGCCUUCCCUUUCACUGAUUCCAAGGAGGAAGACCUUUGGAAAGAAAUGCAAGAGGUUGUGACGAUGCUUACGUAUGAUGAUAGUGAUCAUGGGUGGGCAUGGAUAAGCAAAGGAUCAACGGAGAUGGUGAAGUAUCAUGGGAAGACUAUUCUCGAGUGCUUGAACACGAUCGGCACAUGGAAGCAAAAAAUUAUUCAGGAAGGAUUUAUUUCGAUAUGCUCAAAAAAGAAAUUCCUCAAUACAUUAAUACUACCAAGCAUUGCGUGA